GACAGGCGCUGCUGUCGGCCGUGCAGAGGGAGCUGGGUCAGCUGCAGGAGCUGAACGGCCUGCAGAGGAAGAGAGCCGCCGAGGUCCUCAACCUGCUGCUGCGGGACCUCAGCGACAUCGGCGCCAUCAUCGGCACCAGCGACGUGAAGACAGCUUCGUCCUCGGAGUCGAAGGGGAACGGCUCGGCGGUGGAGGAGGAGUUCACCGUGGCUCGUCUCUACAUCAGCAAGAUGAAGUCAGAGGUCAAGUCUCUCGUUAACCGCAGCAAGCAGCUGGAGAGCGCUCAGGCCGACGCCCACCGCAAGAUCCAGGCCAAUGAGAAGGAGCUGGCGUCCUGUCAGCUUCUCAUCUCUCAGCACCAGGCCAAGAUCAAGUCUCUGACCGACUACAUGCAGAACAUGGAGCAGAAGAAGAGGCAGCUGGAGGAGAGUCAGGACGCUCUGACGGAGGAGCUCGCCAGACUGCAGGCUCAAGGUCGGUACGCGACCAGACGAGCAUCCACCAAUCUUAGACAACAAGCAGAGUCAUUUUUGGGUGUAAGGGCUCAGUGA